GGAAGGUUCAGGCGGUGACGCAACUUUCCGCUUUAGGUGGCCUUCCGCUCCGGCGGCUGUCGGGAGGGGGCUCGGGGAACAUUAAGUAGCGUCCCCGAUCCCUCGGCCUUUGGAAGUGCCAUGAGAUCGGUUAGCUACGUGCAGCGCGUCGCGCUGGAGUUUAGCGGGAGCCUCUUCCCGCACGCAAUCUGCCUCGGGGACGUCGACAACGACACGUUAAAUGAACUAGUGGUGGGAGACACCAGCGGGAAGCUGUCUGUGUAUAAGAAUGAUGACAGUCGGCCAUGGCUUACCUGUUCCUGCCAGGGAAUGCUGACUUGCGUUGGGGUUGGAGAUGUAUGUAAUAAAGGAAAGAACCUGUUGGUGGCGGUGAGUGCUGAAGGCUGGUUUCACUUGUUUGACCUGACACCUGCCAAGGUCCUGGAUGCCUCUGGACACCACGAGACACUAACGGGGGAGGAGCAGCGUCCAGUCUUCAAGCAGCACAUCCCUGCCAACACCAAGGUCAUGCUGAUCAGCGACAUCGAUGGAGACGGGCUUUGCGAGCUGGUGGUGGGCUACACGGACCGUGUGGUGCGGGCUUUCCGCUGGGAGGAGCUAGGUGAGGGCCCUGAACACCUGACAGGGCAGCUGGUGUCCCUCAAGAAAUGGAUGCUGGAGGGUCAGGUGGACAGUCUCUCAGUGACUCCAGGGCCUCUGGGUGUUCCCGAACUGAUGGUAUCUCAGCCAGGCUGUGCUUAUGCCAUUCUACUGUGUACCUGGAACAAGGACACUAAGUCCCCUCCUUCCUCUGAGGGGGCCACAGAGGGCAGUAGGGAGACCCCAGCUGCCCGAGAUGUGGCGCUGCACCAGACCUCUGGCCGUAUCCACAACAAGAAUGUCUCCACUCACCUGAUCGGCAACAUCAAACAAGGCCACAGCCCUGAGAGUGGUGGCUCUGGCCUUUUUGCCCUGUGCACCCUGGAUGCCUGCGUCUGCCCCGCAGGGACACUGAAGCUUAUGGAGGAGGCAGACAAGCUGCUUUGGUCAGUGCAAGUGGAUCACCAGCUUUUCGCCCUGGAGAAAUUAGAUGUCACGGGCAACGGGCACGAGGAGGUGGUUGCCUGUGCCUGGGAUGGACAGACGUACAUUAUCGAUCACAACCGCACUGUCGUCCGCUUCCAAGUGGAUGAAAAUAUCCGUGCCUUUUGCGCAGGCCUGUACGCCUGCAAAGAGGGCCGCAACAGCCCCUGCCUCGUGUACGUCACGUUCAACCAGAAGAUCUACGUGUACUGGGAGGUGCAGCUGGAGCGGAUGGAGUCCACCAACCUGCUGAAACUGCUGGAGGCUGAGCCGGAGUACCGCAGCCUGCUGCAGGAGCUGGGCGUGGAUCCUGAGGACCUCCCUGCAACCCGUGCCCUGCUUCACCAAACCCUCUACCGCCCGGCCCAGCCAGCACAGCGCGCCCCCUCAAGCCUCCAGGAUCCCCCCUAGCUGGACCUGCCCUCGCAGCUGGUGAAGCACCCCUCUGAGCCCCGCCCCACCCCCACCCCCAAAGGUGUCCAUGGUAUUGGCAGGAUAGGGAAUAUAUAUUGUAGAGGAGCAGGAUUUCACUCUGGGCACGAAAGAUGGUGGCAACCCUAAGGUGACUGCAAACUGUAGAUUCCGCGGUCUUUUUGGUGAAAAAAAAAGACAAACUGACUCUCUGUCCAUUCCUCAUGGAGCUCACCUAUCACAGCAGCAGGGUCAUGGGACCCUGGCCUUGUUCCAAAUCAUCUGGAAUGUGCCACCUCCUCCCCCAAGCUCCCUACUCUCACUGUGUAGAAAACAGAGACUUGUUUGUGAGGAGGGAGCUCCAACCUUUUGCAUGGCCCCAGCACGCUACGGAAACCAGGCUUCGGGCCCAGGGAAGCAGUGGCGGUAAGGGCUCCACCCCACCCUCAGCACCAUCUGCCCCGGCCCAACUCCAAGCCAUUGACAUUGGUAAUUACAGGAAUGGCAAACUGUUUGUUUUCAGGGGUCUUUCAGGAUAUUUGACCGUCUGGUCUGCCUUACGUUCCUAGCAACACGGAGAUGAUUUUCCUCCAUUUACCGCAGCAGCUGGGACAGUGUUUUCUCACGCUGCUCAGUCCUUCAAGUAUCCUGUGGCUGCACAGGCCUUGCUCCCAUUCCCCCACCCCAAACGGAUUAUUGCCUGUGAGACAGCAGACGUUUAAAAUUGGAUGCAGGUUCAGAAUUAUAUCUUGGGCCAUUUAUGUUCCAUUUGCUCCUGGUUCUCUGUGCUCUAAAUCAGUGUUUUGCAAAUUGUAGGCUGCAGUCCUUUGGUGGGUUGUGGCUGGCAUUUUUGAAAGAAGUAGGGUAGAAUAAAGUAAAAUAGAAAA